AACGUCCAAGAGUAGGAUAAUAAUUAUGGACAAUCAGAAAGCAAUCGUCGUUGGAGGUGGACUUAGCGGUCUGUCUGCAGCUCACACACUCCUCGAGCGCGGCGCAAACGUCGUCGUUAUCGACAAAGCAUCUUUCUUUGGAGGUAACUCUACAAAGGCUACCAGUGGUAUCAAUGGCGCUGGUACAGAAGCUCAAAUGCAGAAAGAAAUUAAAGAUUCUGCUUCAAUUUUCUUCCAAGAUAGCAAAAAAUCAGCAAGGGAUUUAGCUAGAGAUGAUCUCAUCAAAGUUCUCACCGGUAAAUCAGCUGACGCUAUUAAAUGGCUUAUUGAUGAGUUCAACCUCGAUUUGUCAAAAGUUGCAAGACUUGGCGGUCACUCACAACCACGUACUCAUCGUGGUGAAGGUGGUCAAUUCCCUGGUAUGACAAUCACAUAUGCUUUAAUGGAAAAACUCGAAGAUAUCGCUCAAAAUCAACCAAAUCGCGCAAAAGUUUUGAAGAAAGCACGCGCUACUCGCUUAAUUCAAGAUAAUGAUCAUGAUGGUAAAAAAUUCACUGAAACUGGUCCUGUAAUUCUCGCAACUGGUGGUUAUGCAGCUGAUUUCGGUGAUGGGUCUUUAUUAUCUAAGUAUCGCCCAGAUUUGGUUCACCUUCCAACUACAAAUGGUCCAUGGUCUACCGGUGAUGGUCACAAACUUGUUCUCGGUAUCGGUGGUGCUGCUGUUGACCUUGAGAAAGUUCAAGUACACCCAACUGGUCUCGUUGAUCCAAAGGAACCUGAAGCAAAGGUUAAAUUCUUAGCUGCUGAAGCUCUCAGAGGUGUUGGAGGUCUUUUGCUCGACAACGAAGGUCAAAGAUUCUGUGAUGAACUUGGUCAUCGUGAUUACGUUACUGGUCGUAUGUGGGAAAUUAAGAAGAAUCCUAUUCGCUUGAUUUUAAACGGUCCUGCUUCUAGACAAAUUGAAUGGCAUUGUAAGCACUACGUUGGACGUGGUUUAAUGAAGAAGUUCACAAAUGGUACCGAACUUGCAAAGGAGAUGGGUGUCUCCAAAGAAACUCUCAAGAAGACAUUCGAUGAUUACAACGAUAUUGCUCAUGGAGAUAAAAAGGAUCCAUUCGGAAAGAAAUUCUUCUUUGAUAAAGGUGAUGAAUGGAAAUUAGAUGAUACAUUCCAUGUCGCAGAAAUGACACCAGUUUUGCAUUUCACCAUGGGUGGUGUUGAAAUCAACGCAUCAACUGAGAUUUUGGGCGAAAAGGGUCCAAUUCCUGGUUUAUUCGCAUGUGGUGAAUUAGCAGGUGGUGUCCAUGGUGCUAAUAGAUUGGGUGGUUCAUCAUUGCUUGGUUGCGUUGUAUUUGGUAGAGUUGCCGGUGACUCUGCUGCUCGUUACUUGCUAUCUGAGAACCUCAACGGUAAAGCUGCUCAAAGACUUGGUUUAGUUGGAGGUCACGUUAGCGGUCGUCCACUCGAAACUAAAGUCAGAAUUGAUCCUUCUAAUUCUAAAGUAACCCUUGAAUACUCUUGGGGAAGCUCAUCUGGAGAGCAAGUCAGCGGUCUCCCUCAAUUACCUCCAGCUGAAAAGAAUGAAGCAGAGGAAGCACCGGCGGCAGCACCAGCUGAAGCACCUGUCGAAAAGAAACCACCAACACUUUCCGAAUUCACAGUCGAAGAUGUCAAGCAGCAUAAUAAGAAAGACGAUUGUUGGGUCAUCAUCAAUGAUGAGGUCCUUGACGUGACAAAAUUCUUACCUGAACAUCCAGGUGGUGAAAAGGCUAUCCUCCUUUAUGCAGGUAGAGAUGCUACUGAAGAAUUUGACAUGUUACACCCACCGGGAGUUAUUCAAAAGUACUCACCAGAAUCAGUCAUCGGAAAGCUCAAGAAGUAAAUACGUUGACUAAUUACAUUUUAACGAUCGGCAUUUAAUGCAUUCAAGAAACACAUCAGCUGAAUUUCUUAUUAACCUUUUUUCUACUUUGUCAAGAUAUCCUUUGUUAUUAACAAUGUAUGUUUCGUUUUACAAGC